AUGGUGAACAUAUCCAUCAACUUGAAAAGCACAGGCAGCGGCUCGAUCCCAGAGCUGUAUACUACCAAAGAUGAACUGGUUGGCGAAGUCCUGGUCACUGCUGCCAAAGACAUUCACGUAGACGAUCUGGAUAUAUCCCUCAUUGGCGACACUCAAACCCACUUCGACAACUUCGGCGCCUCUCCAAUAGCGCCCAGCAUGACCUUCCCCACCAACAAACGCUUCCUGCAUCUACGACAACCCUUCAAAACGAACCCGCGCGGCACGAUCCUCAAAGCAGCCCACCCUCACUCCUUCGCCUUCAACUUCGUCGUGCCAGACCGGCUCCUGCCCAGCUCCUGCCCGUGCCGCCACAACAACAACAACACCAGUCUCGAGGACCACCUCCUCCCACCGCCCACCAUGGGCGGCGCCCACCGCUGGAAAACCCACAACCGAGACACCCUGGACGACCCAACCCCCGACAUGGCUCGCGUGUCGUACACCAUCCACGCAAAGCUAGCGUACCGCAAGAGCAGCAGCAGCAGCACCAGCACCAGCCCGGCCCUCGCCAAAACCUCCCGCAGAAUCUGCGUCGUCCCCGACUUCCCCGAGUCUCCGCCCCUCUUCCUCUUUUCCUCGUCGUCGUCGUCGUCGUCGUCGUCGUCAUCAUCCGAAUACCGUCUCCGCCACGAAAAACACAUCAAACAAAACCCGCUGUUGUCGUCGUGGUCCUCCAUCUUCAACACCAGGGGCAGCAGCAGUAGCAGCACCACCACCACCACCAGCACGAGCGGCUGCCUCGUCCUACAAGCAUCCCAACAACCCAGCGCGCUCAGGGGCGGCUUGCGCACCAAGUGCCGGGCGCCAACAACAAUAACUCUACUCCUACGCUUCGAUCCCGCGCCGUCGUCGUCGUCGUCGUCGCCAGGUGCUGAACCCCCGCCAUUGAAAGACGUCAAGCGCACGCUGCAAGCGACGACGACGGUGUUUCGGCGAGCAGCGGGCUCGGCGGAUGGCGGUGGCGGCGGCGGCGGUGGUGGUCAGCAGCAGGAGCGGGAGCAGGAGCAGGAGCAGGAGCGGUCGUGGUCGGAAGCCGUGGCGCUGCCUUCGUUGCGCGUGUCCGGGGCGCGGUGGCGGCGGUGCGAGGAGGAGGAGGAGGCGGAGGCGGCGGAGGCGGGCGUGGUGGUGGCACCGUCGAGCGCGUACGUCGGGGGCGGCCCGUAUUUUUUGCUCCGGCUGCAGAUUCCGGUCGAGUAUCCGGCGGGGGGGAAGGCGCUCGUGCCGACGUUUCGGUCGUGUUUGGUGGAGCGGACGUAUCGGUUGGAUGUUGCGGUUACGGUUUCGGCGUUUGCGUCUGUGUCGGUGAGGGUCCCCGUUCAGCUUUGUACGUAG